CUGCAGACGGCGCCGCAGCUAACGCCCUGGUCGUCGUUAUACCAUCCCCAGCUUGUGCCACUGUGGUUCCCUGCCAUUUGCUAUCGACACUACAACAUGCCUGUGCAGGCACUGGAGGAGCUCGCGCCGAGCAGCCAUACCGAUUUCAGAGUGUCCUGCUCUCAUUCCGACUUGCCGCCAUUCUGCAACUAGCUUGCGCUAGGGGAUCGAUGAGCUUCUGCUCCUACCUGCAUGCUGGCUCAGGAAACAUCUUCAGGGGACACAUCUCCGAUACACAGAUUUUUCAUCCUUCGUUCGCAAGCGAAAGGACGGUCAUGGACCAAACUGCGCCAACACCGCCCAAAGCGUCUCCCUACUAUCUUGCCCAUUCCAUCUCCUCUACAGAAUACGGAGAUUACUUUCACUUUGCGCCUUCUCACACCCUUCAACCGUGUCUAUCCGGUUCACAACGCGUACACCCGCCAGACACUGUGUUGGCAUCGCCGACAUGCGCUCCUGCGUCUCCGCGAGGGAAUCUUAAGGAAGGGACCACCGGCUGUUCCACUUCAUUCCAGCACACCGCGUUCUCCAGUGGACAGGACUCCACGCUGACUCCCAUUGACCGUUUCGAUUCUUGUCAUCUUUCACCACAAUCUUCAGGAAACGACCCCAACAGCGAUUCAGAAAGCCUAUCUUCUUCCUGUCAUCCUACAUCACGGUCCUCUUCCUUCUCGAUGGGGAGAGUGCAACAAGCCAGUGGAAGGUCCAUAAAUAGGCAGCCUGUGGUCAAGAAGGGUAUCAAGGCUUCCGCAGCUGCGCCUGCAGACAGGUCUUCGAAUGGUUUGAUCACUCCUGCCGGCGGAUCCCCGGAUGAUAUGGAUAUUCCUGCUGAUGGAUACGAGGGAGGAGAUUAUGUCGUACAUUACCAAUGCGGAAAGGGACAUAUUCUGGAGGACUUGAAACCCGGCGACCCGCGAUACACCGACCCAUGGCUCAUCAUUUGCGAGGGUGAGGAGAAGCCUUGCCCCCUCGGACAUUUCGUCCUUCCGAAGAAGGAGGACCCUUUGCUUCAGCCGAAUGCCCUCAUCUAUUGCCCGUACUGUGGACAGAUGAUGACUCGUAGUGAGCAUAUGGAGCGUCAUAUCCGGACCCAUACACGCGUAAGGAACAUGGUUUGUGUGGUGUGUACCAUGGCCUUCGGUCGGUCUGAAUGUGCUAAGCGCCACAUGGCAUCAUGCCACGGUCGUCUUCCGGACGAUGUCGAUCCCGAUGGUAGUCGAAGCACGCUGACCAUAUCCAUCACCCAGGGUGCUGAGCUUGUGGAUGCAGUGCCUCACCCGAACUACGGUCCCCGAACUAAGAAUUCCUGCAAACCAUGUGCAACCUCGAAGAUCAAAUGUGACAAGUCACGUGGAUCUGAACGUUGCGAGAACUGCAGAAAGAAAAAUUGGGAGUGCAAGCCUCAAGACCCAAAAAAAGGCGCUGGGAAAGGUACAGAAGCAAGAUUGAUAAAACCCGGUCAACAUCGUAGAAGAAAACAAUCACUGGUAACAGCGGCACUGAAAAGCAGUGAGGCGUCGAACGUGCGCCCGAAAGGAAACCGCGGUGCUCCCUUCGACGCGGCUCAUUCGCAGUCGAUCCGUCGUGCAUCGGAAGAUGUUCUUCUUCAUGACGACGACACACCUGAGGAGAGCAUAAACCUUCAGCCUAAGAAUGUCAGCACUUGUGACCAGAGUGCAGUAACAGGUGAUACUGAGGACAAUACCUGUCCGAUUGGCAUGUAUCCCGUUGGAGAGUGCCACUAUGAUUUCGGCCUCCACCACCCAGCAGCAGCGAUGGAGUCUUUCCAGGCUGGCUGUAUGGAGCAUGAUUACUUCCCGAUGUCCCAUAACGAAGGAAUGAGAGGGGAAAUUAGCCAUCCCAAUGUGGUUGCCGGCCAUCCACAAGUAUCCAGCAUCCACUUCAGCGGGGCAAUUGACAACGGACAUAAGUUCUUCCCGAACAUGUUCGAUAACCAUAUGCAGCAACAUCAGCAACUCUUGACCCCGCCACAUAGUGAAUUUUUCGACCAGCAAUCAGGCAUCGAUCCCAACAGGACCUACCAUGUCCCACACCAAAUGACGCAAGACGACGCCUUGUUUGGAACGGACAUGUCCACAUUUCAUCGUUUUCCGCCCUUCGACAUCUACGAGAGCAUGGAUUUGCACAUGCAACCCCAGUAGUUCGGGUAACUACUUCUCUUCUUAAGGCUGUCGAGGUUUCGUACUAGCUUCGGCUGCAAUGUGCGACAUGUCAUCGGC